AUGGAUACCAAAGGUAGCCAAAAUCCUUCCUCUGCCAACUUGAACAAUAUUCCUUUGACUGAAGAAGGAGUUGUAUACAUUGCUAUUAAGGGCUCCCUACAUGCAUCUGAUUGCUCUGUUUUUGGACUGGGUGAUGAAGAAAUAAGAGCACUGACUAAAAAAUAUCCAGGAUCUGGUGUUGUUGUAAAUGGAGUAUCCAUUAAAACAAAUGUCUUACAUGCUAUAAACUCAUUGUCCCUUCUGGGCUACAAAAUAAUCUCGAGCACUGGAGAAAAUGAGAUCACCUGGACUCUUCAGCGUGAGCUGUAA